AUGGCCCCUGCUGGCCGGCAACUUCGGAAGAAGAAGGACAUCCACUACAGAAUACCUCCGCCUCCGCGACUACCAUCUGAUCCGAAAAAGAGCGCCAAACCAGUCUCUUCCAAGGAGGAUCAGUCGGCAGCUGGCGCUGCUGAUAUGGCAGUCAGUGAUGAUAGCAUCUUUGCAGAUUCUCAAAUCUCGCAGGAGUCAGACGUCGAUUUCACUUUUCCUGUGCCCACUUUCCCAUUCAAGCGAGCCAGAUCUGCAACCGUGGUGGGUGAUGAUAUGGUAGUCCCGUCUUCUUCCCCAAAGCGGCACAGGAUUCGUGACCCUUCGCAACUUCCAACACCAACGACAAGCUCGUCACUUCAGCAAAAGGGCAAGGCUCGUUCAACCCUUUCUCCAGCAACCGAAGCAGCAUUCCAACAGAUGCCGCAGGAGAUCGAGAAGGCUAUCACGUCCUUAAAAUCGAUUAAGAACAUUGUGGAAGGUCUUCUAGAGUUCAAGGCGAUCCUGGACUUAGAAGCAGCAAGAGUUUUACCGGACGUUAGAAGACGUCAAGCAACAGGAUCACAGUGGACAAUAGAUUAA